AUGGAAAGAUCAUCAUCUCCUAUAAAUCCAUCGAACUCUCAUGAUGAUGAGUAUCAAUUUUAUCAAUACCAGCAACAACAACAACAACAGAUGAAUUAUACACAAUUCCCACCACAACAACAAAUCUCGCCACUACCACCACAAACAAAUCUCGACACCACUACCACCACAACAAAUCUCGACACCACCACCACCACCACAACAACAAUAUAA